AGAAUUCAGUUCUGUACAUAUCAUCGCCAAUGGCGCACGUUUCAUAUUCCAUAACGUUCUAAUUACGCGGAAAAGUUAAAAAAAAAACGAAUAAUGUAAAAGUUUAUGUACUGUCAAAACUGUGAUGAAAAAAGGAUUUAGUGCUCGUGCGUAAAGUUCAAAAUGGGUGGCUGGUUAAGCUACCUAUGGUGGGGCGGAGAUCCAGAUGUUGCCAACCCGAAAUCAGGUCUAACGAAAAGAGAAAUAUAUGCUGUCCAACAAUCCUGGGCACCUGUUUAUGCUGACUCUAUCACCAACGGAACAGAAUUGUUGAGGAGAUUAUUUCAAGCAUAUCCCGACACAAAAGAGUUCUUUAAAAUGGUUAAAAACUCCUCUGAAGAAGAUUACCCUCAAAACCCCCAGUUCAAGGCUCACGUGAUCAACCUCAUGUCGUCACUUAAUAUGGCGGUCACAAAUCUCAACCAACCGGAAGUGGUGGCCGCCAUGAUGAAUAAAUUAGGCGACUCGCAUGGAAGACGAAAAAUACAGCAGGAACAUUUUCACGACUUAAAAAACGUGAUAGUGAAAAUGUUUAUAGAAGUUCUGAAUUUAGAUGCUUCAACCCUGGGAGCAUGGGGGAAGACAGUAGAGUUCUGGUACAAGCAUAUUUUCGAGACUCUUGGGAAAAUAGAGACAAGAUAACAUGGCUGUUGUUUAGAAUAAGAAUUUAAAUGGUUACAUUUCUACAAUGUAUUAAUCUACAUUUAUAAGGUAUUAUUAAAAUAUAGUAAUUUA